AUGACUUGGCCCAGCCCUGGCUCUCUGUGCCCCAGGCCGGCCUCCCUCGACGCCUUCGUCUUCAGCCGCCUGGCGCCGCUCCUGAAGGCGAAGCUGCCCAACGGGAAACUGCAGCAGCACCUGAAGUCCCUGCAGAACCUGUGCAACUACUGCACCUCCAUCCUCAGCCUCUACUUCCCCUGGGAUGGAGCUGAUCCCUUGGCCGGUGCCCCACGGGCUGCGGGCACGGACAGCAGUGAGGGAGAGGAGGACCCCCACAAACGGCGCAACCAGCUGCUGUCGGUGCUGGUGGGGCUGGUGGCCAUGCUGGGCUACGCCUUCCUGAGCGGCAUCGUGUCCAUCCAGCGCGGCGGCGUGGGGCCGGCCGGCCGGCAGCCCAUCGCCAUGGGGGAGGAGGAAGAGGARGAGGAGGAGGAGUGAGGAUGAGCUGUGUGACUGUCUCACCCCCCCAGCCCCCUGGAACUGACUCUUUUUACACCGGGAGCCUGGCAGCAUCAUUCCCCGUGGGUGCUCCGCUCGUUGUCCUGCCAGGAACCACGGCCUUCACUGCGGGAGUGUCCCUGCCACGCCAAUAAACCUCCCUCUUGUCCUCUCGGCA